UCGAAGCGGGUGCACGUAUCGUACCGUGGAAUUUUCACGCCUAUUUACUCAAAUGAAAACUUGAAUCGGCUGAAAACUGAGGUGGUUAAGCUGUGCUUUUUUUGUGUGACUUUUUUGUGAACAUUUGAACAUCGGAUUUUUCUUUUACGCUAUAUAAUGCUGAGCAGGAAACGACAAAAGAAACGGCGAGCGAAGCAGAGUGCUGUGAAAUGACAUACAAAUAUGUAACUUAAAGCGUUUGUGUUAAAGUUGAAAAUGGCAUGCCCGGCAGUCAAGUUUUCCAAUAGGGAUUUGUUUGUGGUAGUCUUGUUAUUGUGCCAGACAAUAGUUUGUGACAGCCAGUGUCCGAAGUUCGCGGAGAGACCUUUGGAGACGAGAGUUCAAGAUGCUUCCAUAGUUUUUAGGGCGGUGGUUGUACAGACACAUUACCAGAUAAGAACACUAGAUUUGGCACUUGUAUCAAUAUACCGGGGAGGAGUCGAACUGGCUUCCAUCAGCCAGUAUUCCGGUUCACCAUACAACACAACUGACAGACAGGUGAACCUCAAAAUCAGUCCACAGCUUCGAGAAUGCUUCAACUGGAGCAUGUACCCUCAGAGCGAGCUGGUGGUCUUCGCGAGGGUCAGCGACCCUGCAGUGGACUUGGAGACCACGCCUCCAGACGGCCCAUGGCUGGAGGCCACAGCCGCCGCGGUUCCUUGGAGCCUGGGGGUCGAUAUAGCCAUAUGGAAUGCUGUUGGUUGGGCGGGCUGGGGCGAGUGGGGGGCGUGCAGCAAGACCUGCGGGGGAGGGAGGCAGACCCGGCGGAGGUACUGUUCGAGGGCCACUUGUGAGGGCUACGGGGAACAGGCGCGAUCGUGUAACUCCUUUGCCUGUGAAGGAACUAUAAACCCCCUCGCACCAGGCGCAAGGCGGAACUUCCACCCCGCCCAAGCCAGAUGGGGCCCUGUACCAGAUAGGCCGCAUGCAUUCAGCUUGCGGCCUAACUCAUACAUAUGGAUCGCGUCCUCAGAACUCUUCGCCGCAGGGAAGACGUUUCCCAGAGAGUUCACGCUCUUCAUUUCAUUGAGGCUAAGGCCUGAGAGCGGAGGAUAUGGUCAAGGAACCCUAUUCUCUCUCCGCUCUCGGCGUCGGACGGGUUCCUUCCUUUCCUUGGAGUUGGCUGGAAGAGGUGCGGCCAGGCUGGUGCAUGCAGGCGCUGGCUCCUCAAGGUCCAUCUACUUAGCUGUACCGUUGUAUGACUUUAGGUGGCAUCAUAUUGCUAUUAGCGUCCACGACGACAACACGGUGCGCGUGUACGUGGACUGCCGCUGGUUGAGGACAGACGUCCUCGAGAAGGAUGCCUUGGACACUCCUCGAGACGCUGAUCUCAUCAUUGGAUACCUCUUUUCAGGUGACUUGGAACAAAUGGUGCUCGUGCCGAAAGCCAGCCAGGCUCACAAGCAGUGCUCGAGUCUUGCGGUGGGGAUCACCCCCUUCGUUGCACCCCAGGACACUUAGUUCAGGUAAGAAACAGGAAUGCUUGAAGUGAUCAAAUCUGCAGCCAGUGUUCAAGUUUUAAUGAUUUUAACUCCAAUUAUCGCUCGGCCAAGUGAUCAGAUUGACAGAUCAUGAAACUUACUCGAUAACUUGUAAAGGAUGCCCCAAAAUUCACGCAAGAAGUCAUUUCAAUAUCAAACGCAUAUUUUAAAAUUAUUGAUCAACAAUGAAAAUACGUUGUUUUUUCGUGGAGUGAUUUCAUAACCCGAAAUUGUCAACUUACCUUUACCUAGAUACAAAUCUUACAUCAAUUCUGGGACAUCAUUUAUUAUACUUGUUUAAAAUUCUUCGAAUUCUUUUCCAUUUCCAUUGAGUUACAUUUUUACAGGAAAUGUUAAAUUUGUUGGUGAUAAAUUAAUUCAUUUACUGUUCCAUUCAGAAUAAUUUUGUUUAUUUAAAUAAUAAAUUAAACAUAUUAUUUAAUAAACAUUAUUUUCUGAUUUUGUGUGUAUAACUCAUUCAGUCAGAAUAAUAUUCACAUGAAUUAAUUUUCGUAGCUCAAUUUUUGGGAAUGAAGUUAUUACUGAUCUAAUUAUUUAUUUAAAGUACCUUUGUAAAUAACUUAAAAAUUAUUGAUAUAAAGAAUACCUGUACAAGAAAAGUAGAUAAUAAAAAUAAUGAUUAAGCAUUUAAUUCAUAAAAUAACGAUGAUAAAAUUAUAGCAUAAAAGCUUUUGUUGAUUUAUUUUACUCAUUCAAAUUAACAAAGUUGAUUUUCUU